AUGAGUCUUACGACUGGUAAAUGUUUAUGCGGAGAAAUCACUGUUUCGAUUCCCACAGAAACAUUAAAUACAUCUGAUUUAAUUACUAUCUGUCAUUGUAAAAAUUGUCGUCAAGCUGGUGGCUCUCUUGAAUCGAUCAGUAUUAUUAUUCCAGAAUCAUCUGUUAAAAUCAAUGGACAACCUAAAAUUUAUCUAGAUAAUAAUACAGAUAGUGGAACACCGCUUCAACGUGCUUUUUGUAGCAAUUGUGGUUGUCCUAUUUAUACAGCUACAUCUAAUCAUCCAGGUAUACAAGUUAUUAAAUUAGGAUUAUUUGAUGAAAUUCCUAAACCAACAAUGGAAGGCUACUGUAAAUCAUUACCAUCAUGGAGUAAACCAAUCGAGGGCAUGAAACAUUUUGAUGCAUCGCCAUCAAAAUAA